AUGCUGGCCCGCACCAUGAAGCCGAGACCCAGACAUCCUCACAUUACGUCCAUUAAAGUGCCAGAUGGCACAAUACGCACAUCCCCAAAUGAUAUAGCCCAAGUCUUCAUGGCCUUUUAUAAGACCCUAUAUAACCACUCCCCUACAUACGGUACCUCGAAUGACACACAAUUUCCCAAGAUAAACAAAUUUCUUUCUAAUUAUACACUUCCCAAGCUAUACACAAAAGCCAUAGAGGCACUAGGGGCCCCAAUCUCCCAAGAGGACAUCAAUCUGACCAUCUCGGCGCUAAAGCGGGGGAAAGCCCCGGUCCCUGAUGAUUUUGAAAGAGGAUACUACAUGAAGAACUGA